AGGAACAUGCGGUCUGGAAAAUAGAGAAUUGACAGGCAUACACAUGGAAAUGCGUAAUUCAGUAUACCGGGAACGAUUUCUAUGUUACUUCAACAAUUUUGUUGGAACUUUCAAGUUAAUAAGUUGGUUUAAACUUCUUACAAUGAUUAUACUAUAACAGCGGUAUAAAUCAGCUGCGCUUUAAAAAGAAAAGUUUCAUAAAUGCAUAAAAGAAAACCAUACGGGAACAUUGUCGUGGCUAAUCGAAAUAACGCCCAUAUCUUUCUUAACUAUUGCUUAUAAUAAGAAUUUUUUUUUUUCAACCAAAAGUUCACAGAUGUAAUAACUUUAUUUUAAUAAAUUUUUACCAUUUUAUAAUAAGUACAGAGCUAAGCCCUGAUGGAGGCUGAAUUAAAAUUACAAUCCUAGCACUAGUUGCUGAUUGGUUGGCUGAUUGUACUACCAGCCAGAAAAAAUAUAAAAAUACAGUAACAUAUUUGGAUAUUUAAAAACGUUAAGAAACUUCAGCUGUUAUAAACUUUAUUUAGAUUUCGCAAACAAAAAUAGGUCAGUUAUAAACCAGAGAAAAUUUGUAUACAGGAAGAAUUUUUAAAAACUUAAAGCUCCCUACUUAUUUAAUGUAAGAUCAUGAAUAACCGUUACCUUGAAGUUAAUGAUAUUUAAGUAAAACCCAUUACACAAAAAUAUAACAUUUUUUUCUUCUGCAAUUAAAAUUUAAAAUUGUCUUUAGUAAACACAAACAGACAAGGUGAGCCCACGAAUACAAAAGCAUUUUUUUUCUUCAGAUCACGCCACAGUACUAAAAAUAAACAUGUCGUGAUUAUGACGUCAUAACCUAACCGAUAUCAAAAGACAAUAAAAACUUAUACGAAAACAAUAUGGUAGAUCUUACAGUGAAUAUAAACAUCGUACUAAAAAGGUGAUGAUAUAGAUCUUUUUCUGAUCUUGUAUUAAAAUUAACAUUCAAAAAACGUUUUGCUAUAUUCACACGGGUUUUAUUUUAUGAUUUGAAAAUAUAGCUGGAAAUUAAAAAAAAAUUCGAUCACGUUAUCUAGUGGCACGACAUCUUAAAAUAGAAUAUUCUAAAGCUAGCUAUAGGAAGUAUAAUUUUAAAAUAUAUAUAUUUCGAAAAAAGUGUUGCAAAAACAUUUAAGUUACAACGUAUGGUUCAUACAACAUUUGAUUUCAAUACAUGCUAAAGAACGAUGCUGCAUCCUAUCACAAGCUUAGUGAUGCGUAACACCUGUGGUUAAAACAAAAUGGUAGACAUAUGUUAAAAAUGGUAGCAGUUACAAAAAGAUUUAUCGCAUUAAUAUUUCGAAAAGUAUGCUGUUCGAAGUUUUUCGUAAUUUUUGUAUUAUGCCUGCUCUAUAUAUCUAUUUAUGUAUUGCCUUCACUACCCAAUCAUAACCGUGCAAAGAUACCAACUGAUCCAAAUGAUAUAAUAAAAUAUAAUCAAGACAAAAUAGUUCAUUAUCCAAUAAAUGUUUCGUAUAACUUAUUUUUGCUUAUCUUGGUGAGCAGUAGUCCUCAUGAUGAAAGACAUAGAGAAAAAAGAGAAGCAAUUCGUAAAACAUGGGGAAGAUGUAAACAUUUGCACACGUUGUAUAAAGAAUCAAAAUAUAUACCCAAAAAUAUUACAUGUAAAUUAGUUUUCUUCAUGGGAACAACAAGAAACCCAACUCGUGUAUCAGAUGAAGCAAAAAAAUUUCAAGAUAUUAUUUUAGUUGAUUAUAUAGACACUUAUGAUUUAAUAACGAGAAAAUUAUUAGCAACUUUUAAAUGGAGUAUGAAAUACAAACCAAAGUUUAUUUUGAAAGCAGAUGAUGAUGUUUAUGUACAUCUACCACGGUUGAUAAUGAAGUUACAACAUGUCGACGCACAGAACUACUAUGGAGGGUGGGUGUACAAAACAUCUGUACCACGUGAUCACAACCAUAGACAUUAUGUUUCUUAUAAAACAUUUAGCGAACCAACAUUUCCAUCAUUUUGCGUUGGAGCAAUGUAUGUUUUCUCUGGUAACUUGCUUUCGCCUUUACUUCAAACUGUUGAUGUUUGGGCACCAUUUGGCGUUGAUGACGCAUAUGUUGGUGUGUUAAUGCGACAUAUUAGUGUUACGCCAAGUAGAAUUUUAGGUUUUCUUAAAGUGGAAUUAAAGAUAUUUUUAUAUGAAAUUAGUGACUGCGCGUUGUCUUUACUCAUCGGUUACGGUGACGGGUUAAGUGGUCAGCAAAUUGUGCAUAUACACAGACGCAUCAAAUCUUUAGAACAGCAAAAAAGUAUAUGCAUGCAAGUCAACGCGUCAACAUUUUAUGGAUUGUGUUGUGUAUGUUGUCUUAUAUUAUACGCUUUUCGUACAAAAAUUUAUUCUACAUCAGUUUGAGCAUUCUUGUUUUAUAUUUUUUUGCUUUCUUUGAGACAGCAAUAAUAAUGAAAGUCUAAAUAUUUUAGUUCUUAUUGCAUAUAUAAGUUUUGGGUGGGAAUUUUAUGCAUAGCUAAAAUAUUUUCUGAACAGGGCUUCGUGCUUUUAAACUUAGUUUUUACUUCUUGAUUGCUUUUAAAAAUGACGCUGGACGUUCACUUACACCAUCUUCAUGCUUACACCCAAAUAUCUACGUUAUUUUUUAUACAUUUUAAUAUUAAAUUUUUAAUUUGUAUAUGUUUUAAAUUUUUAUAAAUACAAAAAUAGCUUUCGCAAUACUAGGAAAGGUAGCUUACUUCAGUUCAUAGCUGAUGCUGUGCAUACCAAGUUGACUAUUUGGUAUGCACCAGGUUGACAAGUAACAUCUUUUCUUUCUGUAUUUAUAUUUAUAUUUUAUUCCUAUUCUUCUUAAAUUAAAUCUACUAUUAGUAUUUUGAAACGAGGGCGGUGAGUUGGUUCUUUUUUUGUUCUUCUUCAUUUUUUCGUUUUCUUCCGCGAUAUCUGGUCUUUUCUGUUGGAAAUGUUUUGAGCAAUGGCUUAAAAUAAGUAAUGUUUCGUGUGACAGUAUGGAAAUCAUCAGUAGUGCUUGCCGUAAUCACAAAGUAUUUUUAUCCACCAUGAUGUUUGGAGACGAAUCAAAUGUAGAACUAAGUUUGUAUUUGACAUAUUUAACAAGCCCUCGUUAAAUAUGCGUUUCGAUUUAUGGAUGUGAUCAAUAGCUAAAUUUUCAUUGUGAUUUUCACAUUCAAUUCGUUUUAACUUUACGAUUAAACACGGGAGCAGUGGUCUAUUUUCGAGGUUUUAAUCUCAAAGAAUAUUUCUGAUUGCUUGUUGUUUCUUUUAUAUUGUGUACAUAUAUAUAUUUUUUAAUUACGUAAAAAAUUGUAACGAUUCUAAAAAAGAGUAAUGAAGGUGUGAUAUUACGAUGAAA